CAGGUCAAUCGUUUUGGAAUUCCAGUCUCUGCCCAUGCUGGGAAGUUCUACGGCAGGUGAGUGUAGCAAGUACCCUUAUUAUCUGUGCUCUGGGUAGAAGCUACCCUUGGGCCCAGCUCUUUAGUGGGGAUAUGUAAAACUGACCUUAGAUCAGUGUUUAGGGGCAAAUUCAUCCUACUACCUUUCUUUAAUUAAGAUGUGUCAUCAUGAUGUGACUCUGUAUGUGUAAGCAUUAUGACUCCACUCUAUGUCUAUGUCUAGUAUACAGUGGUGUGAAAAAGUGUUUGCCCCCUUCCUGAUUUCUUAUUUGUUUGCAUGUUUGUCACACUUAAAUGUUUCAGAUCAUCAAACACAUUUAAAUAUUAGUCAAAGAUAACACAAGUAAACACAAAAUGCAGUUUUGAAAUGAAGGUUGUUAUUAUUAAGGGAAAACAAAAUCCAAACCUACAUGGCCCUGUGUGAAAAAGUGUUUGCCCCCCCUGUUAUAACACAACUCGACUGUGGUUUAUCAUACCUGAGUUCAAUUCCUCUAGCCACACCCAGGCCUGAUUACUGCCACACCUGUUCUCAAUCAAGGAAUCACUUAAAUAGGACCUGCCUGACAAAGUGAAGUAGACCAAAAGAUCCUCAAAAGCUAGACAUCCUGCAUUUCUUUGGAUCUCGGUAUGAACAAAUGAGAAAGAAAGUAAUUGAGAUCCAUCAGUCUAGAAAAGGUUAUAAAUCCAUUUCUAAAGCGAAUCAUAGUGAGAGCCAUUAUCCACAAAUGGCGAAAACAUGGAACAGUGGUGAACCUUCCCAGGAGUGGCCGGCCAACCAAAAUUACCCCAAGAGCGCAGCGACGACUCAUCCAAGAGAUCACAAAAGACCCCACAACAACAUCCAAAGAGCUGCAGGCCUCACUUGCCUCAGUUAAGGUCCAUGUUCAUGACUCCACCAUAAGAAAGAGACUGGGCAAAAAUGUUCCAAGACAAAAACCACUGCUGAGCAGAAAUAACAUUAAGGCUCGUCUCAUUUUUGCCAGAAAACAUCUUGAUGAUCCCCAAGACCUUUGGGAAAAUACUCUGUGGACUGACAAGACAAAAGUUGUACUUUUUGGAAGGUGUGUGUCCCAUUACAUCUGGCGUAAAAGUAACACCGCAUUUCAGAAAAAUAACAUCAUACCAACAGUAAAAUAUGGUGGUGGUAGUGUGAUGGUCUGGGCCUGUUUUGCUGCUUCAGGACCUGGAAGACUUGCUGUGAUAAAUGGAACCAUGAAUUCUGCUUUCUACCAAAAAAUCCUGAAGGAGAAUGUCCGGCCAUCAGUUCGUGACCUCAAGCUGAAGCGAACUUGGGUUCUACAGCAGGACAAUGAUCCAAAACACACCAGCAAGUCCACCUCUGAAUGGCUGAAGAAAAACAAAAUGAAGACUUUGGAGUGGCCUAGUCAAAGUCCUGACUUGAAUCCUAUUGAGAUGCUGUGGCAUGACCUUAAAAAGGCAGUUCAUGCUCGAAAACCCUCCAAUGUGGCUGAAUUACAACAAUUCUGCUAAGAUGAGUGGGCCAAAAUUCCUCCACAGUGCUUUAAAAGACUCAUUGCAAGUUAUUGCAAACGCUUGAUUGCAGUUGUUGCUGCUAAGGGUGGCCCAACCAGUUAUUAGGUUGUAGGGGGCAAUCACUUUUUCACACAGGGCCAUGUGGGUUUGGAUUUUGUUUUCCCUUAAUAAUAAUCUUAAUUUCAAAACUGCAUUUUGUGUUUACAUGUGUUAUCUUUGACUAAUAUUUAAAUGUGUUUGAUCUGAAACAUUUAAGUGUGACACAUGCAAACAAAUAAGAAAUCAGGAAGGGGGCAAACACUUUUUCACACCACUGUAUCUGCUGCCCAUAGAUAUAGAAAAUGCCCUCUAGACAUGAAGAUGAGCCUCUGCCUUUCAGGUCUCCCAGAGAUCACUUCUGCGGCGGGCUGAAAUAUGACGUACUAGAUUACACUUCCUGUGAUAAAGUACUGCAUAAAGGGGCGGGGCUGUCCUGCUGUGGAAACAGGGCCUUCAACCUCACCCAGGCUUCCUGUUGUGAAGGUGACAGAGUCAUGUCUCCUAGCAGUAUCCCACUGCAUCUAUUCACUUAAACCUGGUAAAUGGAUUGAAAACAUUAUUUUUCUCGGCAUCUCCCAAGUUUGAAUUGAUAUUUUGUGUGUUAUCUGUGAUUCAACCGAUGCAGGUCGGCUGACUCUGAAUGUGAGCCAGCUGGUGUCAGAUUGCUGUGGGUGUAGGGCCUAUGACCCACUCAACCAGCUGUGCUGUGGCUCACAGAUCCUAACCAGGACCCAACCCCAUUCUAAGUGUUGUGGAAAAGGUCAGUGAUGUCAGAUCAGAUUGCUUUUGGCCUUCAACCAUAUGAUGAACCUCGUAAUUACGUACUGUGGAAAGUAUUUUCCCACUUUCUCAGACUGGGUGUGCAUCUUUUGUGUGUUCUUUAUAAACACACAGACAGAGAAACACAUGUGAGGGAGACAUUGGAAAUGCAUUCAAUGAGACUCCAGAAAGCUUUCUUAAAUGAAAUAUCAAAUCUUAAAUGAGACACAUGUGCGAGUUCUUGUGGAAAAUUAGGUGCUCUGCCACCAAAUAAGAUACUGCUCCCCAGGCGCCAAUGACGUCGAUUAAGGCAGCCCCCCACAGCUCUCUGAUUCAGAAGGGUUGGGAUAAAUGCGGAAGACACAUUUGAAUGCAUUCAGUUGUGCAACUGACUAGGUAUCCCCCUUUCCCACAUAGCACACAUGGGAGGAACCAGCAUUAAACAGCUGUUUUAUAUCUCUACUCAAAUAUUGGGGUUUUCCUUGAACAUUUCUCAAAAAGGCCAUAAUGCACCAAAUAUGUAGGUGAAAGGGCAGUCCAUAUUUAUUACAGAUUACCAGUUUUGUUCAGCAGUCAUCACAUUGUAUUGUAUGUAUGCUGACUUUACAGUAUGUACAUUAUGCUGCCAGGUUAGACAGAUGGAUUUAUCAUUCUUGAUCUGAUCAAUCCCACCAUCACUAUCUCUGUCCUCCCUCCUUCCCAUCUCUCUAACCAGGUCCCUACAAUGGUGCUAGCUGUGGCUCUCAAGUUUACAAUCCAGACAUUAACAUCUGCUGUGCUGGGCAGCUGUCCAAUAGGGUGCUUGGAAAAAACCUGGUGAGUCCAUUAGUCCACAGAGCUUAAGCCUACAGCUUGGCUUGGGAUCCAUGAAUACAUUCCACUGGUCAUCUCUCUUCAUUGCUCAAUCUGUUGAGUCAAGUAAUCAAUUGGCUAAAACUCAUAAUUCUUAUAGUUAGAACUCUCCAGAUUCCAUUUCCUUGAGUGCUAUAUUCCUUGAAAUAGAAUGGGUAAAAUCCAGUACAUAUAUCUCUGAGCUCACCCAACAUGACAGCACAACAGGCAUCACAUUCUGAGAGAUAAUAUGGGCUCUUUUGGUAUUGGGAGAUCAAAUAUCUUUCUCUGCACAGACACAGCAGGUGGGGGAACAAGUCCUGCUGUGGAGGGAAGGCCUACGACCCCAGCAGUGACCAGAUGAAGUGUUGUGCAGGGACACUGUACAACCUGCAGGUUCAGGACAGGCUCUCAGAGGAGGCCCAGUGCUGUGGGACUGUCCUGAUGGAGGCUGGCAACAACCAGACCUGUUGCUCCGCCCCGGGGCUAGACCUGCUCUACCCUACCCAGUCAGGGUUCACCUGCUGUGGGCACCGCUACCCCAACGCCUCCCUGUGGUCUUGCUGCGCGGGUGUCCUGCACCCAAGGUCUGAACCACACACCACCAACAAGAACAUGAUUCCAGGUCAGUGGGAACAGGAUACAAUCUGAACUUGAUUUCCAUUUUUCAUCAAUCCAUGAUUUAUGUCACAGUUUGAGUUGCGUCUGUUUAUCUCUGAAAGGUCCCUGAAGACCUACCUACAGGCCAGACGAGUGAUAUGAAGAUUCUAUAUGUAGUUCAAGUGGUCCUUUGUAGCUCAGUUGGUAGAGCAUGGCGCUUGUAACGCCAGGGUAGUGGGUUCGAUUCUUGGGACCACCCAUAUAUUAAAUGUAUGCACGCAUGACUGUAAGUCGCUUUGGAUAAAAGCAUCAGCUAAAUGGUAUACAUGCAUAAGAUAAAAGGGGUGUCUCUGUCUUAGCCCAUUAGAUUGUUCAUUAUCCUCAGGACCCAGGCUUCUACCACUGGGGGAUCUGAAUACGGAAGUCCUGUGUCACAUCAGAAGUGAAGCCUCCAGUUUGAAGCACAGGAUGAAAGGAAAUAUGACUCAAUACUUUCGCCUUUAGCAAGAACAGUGGGAAGCACUUGAAUCUACUUUUGUUGGAAGCACUUGAAUCAUUUCGGGAAGCACUUUGACUCAUUGAUGUACAGUAGCUUCACAACGCUGAUCUAAAGUGUGUGUGUGUCCAGUUCUGCUAGGGACAGUCGAGUGUGUCUGUGAAGAUGAAUGAGCGGUCCAUCGUGAUGUUGAACACCAUGUCUGUGCAGGCCUCACGUGGCCAUGUCAACGCCCUGCCUUCCCCUCACUACGUCACAUUACCCAACCACUGCAGCUCCCCUGAACUGGUGCCGGGCAACACUUACAUCUGGGUGAAAAUACCUUUCUCAGACACCAUAAGAUUAAUCUCUGAUCUCCUCGAUCAUUCCUCCCCUCUCCAUUCCAUCCUUUCCAGGUGCUCAAAAUAUUACUUUUAACCAUGUUUUGAGGCAAUACAGUUUAUGGUCUCUCAUGAAUCAUAUCUCAGGAUAAGCCAUAUUUUAUUAUGUUUGUCUGGGUGUUUUCUGUUAUUAUCAUAAACAUUCCUUUAAUGUUAAUGCAAUUUUAUUGUCUUAAUAAUGGCUAUUCCAUACUGAUGCUAUUUCUUCACUGAAAGUUAACUAUUUUUUUCAAUGUGACACUAACAUCGUAGGCGUAAACCUGUCUGUGAAGUGAUUGCACCAUAUUGUGAAAUGGCAGGAAAUAAAGCUACUUUUUUAAACAAGCAUUUGUGUGUAGGUGUGUGACUUCACCAUACAUCAAAAAAUGUGGUUGGGAGGGGGGGGGGGGGUCCAUUUUGUUACGUUACAGCCUUAUUCUAAAAUGGAUUAAAUUGUUUUUUUCCCCCUCAUCAAUCUACACACAAUACCCCAAAAUAACAAAGCAAAAACAGGUUUUUAUAUUUUUUUGCAAAAAACUGAAAUAUUACAUUUACAUAAGUAUUCAGACCAUUUACUCAGUACUUUGUUGAAGCACCUUUGGCAGCGAUUACAGCCUCGAGUCAUCUUGGGUAUGACGCUACAAGCUUGGCACACCUGUCUUUGGGGAGUUUCUCCCAUUCUUCUCUGCAGAUCCUCUCAAGCUCUGUCAGCUUGGAUGGACAGCUAUUUUCAGUCAGUAUUUAUUAGCUUUUUAUCUGAAAUCUGUAUGCUUUUUACAAGGCACACUUGUCAGAGAAGACAGAGGAGCAUGUGUCAACAUAGCAACAGUCAUAAGAAUUGUUCAAAAGGUUAAUAAAAAACGAUUCUAAUAAAAAUGCAACAGGACAAUGGAUGAACAUACUCCAAACUUUGAAUUUUUCUAAUCCAUCAGAUAUUGACUGAGAUAUAGCACAUCAAAUAUUGUACUGGCAAAAACAAAUAAUGAAUGGAGUUCAGGCAUUUUGGUGGUAAUUAAUUAAUUGUAACAUUUACCUUUUUUUCUUAUAAUGCACUUUAUAUAUAUAUAUAUAUAUAUAUAUAUAUAUAUAUAUAUAUAUAUAUAUAUACAUUUUCUUAGUAUAUCAAGUAUUUUGUUUAGGUUACCAAACACACAAAGCAUGUAUUGACAGGAAACAAUCUGUAUCGAAGCGACGUGACAUUACCUCUCUAUUGUUUGUUUUAAGAGUCUUGCUGAUGCUCUCUCCUAGUUGAGAUAAAGAGAUAUCUCCUAUAUGGAUAAGGCUGAACAACUGUUUAAAUCGAGGUGUAACCCUUUCAGCACAAUCUGAUUAUUUUACAUGGUUGGGUGGGAGGCCACAGCCAUGCUGGCACCUGCAUGAUAACAGAACUGCUGUAUGAAAGACAUAGAAGAUUUGGUUCAGUUCAAUUCUACAUAAACAACCAUCAAACAAAACUGUUAUAGGGCAAACAAUUGCAUACACUACGAACAAAUUAUAGUCUUAUAAUUAUAGUGUUCCUGAAAAUAUGCUGAAAAUAAUGGAAGGAACUGAUGUGAUGGUGUCUCGAAGGGUUUGGUAAAAAAAAAAGCAUCCUUCCUUCCCUCUCUUCGAUAAGGUAAUCACUGAUCUUUAGGUGAUUGAAGAAAGCGAUAGGAUAUGUUAGCGGAGCCUCAGAAACCACAAUGAAAUUACUGUACAUCAAAGUAAUCGGUUCACACCGGGCCAAAACAUUGCUUGAAAUUGUCGGAAUUCUGAAGUGGUCCAAAAAUAGUACACGAGUGGUACUGUAAUGAUUAAAGAAUGGAAAUGGAAAAAACUUGUGGCAGAAACAAUUUAGUGGAGAACUUUGCAAGAAAUGAGAGAGAAGGCAUCUUUCAUAUGUUUCCUUCCAGGCUUGUUGUGAGAGAUGGUCUGACUCCUUGGACACAUUCCCAGUUAAUCACACCGUUCUAAAGUGGACCACACAGCCUCUUCCUGUAUGAUGUACAAAGCUCUGACCAAUAGUGUCUCGAAGUGAAAUGUGACACUAUUCUAAAACAGUUCUAGCACAGCAGAUCUAUGCUCUCUAGCCAAAAUACAAUGUUUUGAGCACCACAUAUCUUUUGUUUCACACAAAUUGUUUGAAACAGAACAUAGACAGGAACGCAUAAGCCUACAUGUCAAAUGUAAUUUCAUGCUGUUUUAGAGACUAAUGAAAAUACUGUAUCCUAUUUUCUAGAUCCAUUACAAAUAAGAGUAGGGCAUACCACUACUGUGGGUAGGGGGAAAGCAUAGGGCCACUAUCCCUUGAAUAAAUUCAGGGACAAGAAGCUAAUUUGAGCUUGCGAGGGUUAUAAACUGACAAUAAAAGGUGAUUAUGGCGGUAAAGAUAAGCUGUGUUGAUAAAAAAGUAAAUUCACUGACAGCAUCCUGGAGAGUCAGGGAGUAGACAUACACACCUCAGAUGCUGUCAAAGACUCAGUCUACUUACUCGACACUCUUUUACAAAAGGGUUCUUCGCCUGUCCCCAUAGGAGAACCCUCUGUGGAAAGGGUUCUACAUGAAACUCAAAAGGGUUCUACAUGGAACCAAAAUAUUUCUACCUGGAACCAAAAAGGGUUCUUCUAUGGGGACAGCCGAAGAACCCUUGUUGGUUCUAGAUAGCACCUUUUUUUCUAAGCAUGUAUAGGAAAGCAGUAGAUAUAUACUCUACUUGCAAGGUGUGUGUCAAAGCAUCUAUUAGGAAAACAGUUUAACAGAGACUCAAUUUGGAUGAAUGAUCUCCAAAUUAUCUGCUAAAGGAGGAACUGCUUCAGCAUAGCUUGGGAAUGACUAUCCAGAAGAAAGAGAUGGGGUUGACUUGCUGACUGAAAGAAAAUGACACAGCAUUUGCACUUUUAGGCUGUGGAUGCAGUGAAUACUGAAUUGUUAUGUGAACUGAUUAUGUUUGAUGACGAAAUACAAUCACACAACCCUGACAUUCUUUGACCUCUGACUCCAACAAUUGCCUUUACAGGGAUGAUUGGAAUAGUGUGAUUUCUGAGAUUAAGUUUCAAAAUCUUAUCAAAAUGACCUGACAUAUUUAAGCAAUAAGGCCUGAGGAGUUGUGGUAUAUUGGCCUUAUAUCACAAACCCCAGAGGUGCCUUAUUGCUAUUAUAAACUGGUUACCAAUGUAAUUAGAGCAGUAAAAAUAAAUGUUUUGUCAUACCCGUGGUAUACAAUAUAUAUAUGUCAGCCAAUCAGCAAUCAUGGCUCGAACCACCCAGUUUAUAAAAUAACAGAGAUCAUGUCUGAAGUGUGAUUUCUCUCACAGAUGAAAUUCUCUCUCUCCGUCUAUCUCUCUCUCUUUCCGUUUCCCUCUCUGACAGGUUUUGGGAUGACGACCUCAUCCACCACAGAGGGCAAAGUCCUCCUGGUAAUCUACGGCCUGCUGGGCUGCUCUGCCACCAUCCUCUUCUUCAACCUCUUCCUGGAGAGGGUCAUCACCAUGUUGGGCUUGUGCGAUGGUGCCACCGGAGGAGAACACACAACAAAAUCAGGC